AUGAGAACAUGGCCAAGUCAAGAGGGAGAAACCAUGACGGCCAGUAUGGCGCUGUCCAUUCCCACUUGAAACAUUGUAUGUGUCCUGCCGGGAGACAAGUGUCUGAGAUGCAGCUGUUGUUGUGAUGCGGCCCUGGCCGGUGUCGAAUAAUCGCGGUACGUAGGCUUCGAUUCGUCAAGAUGAACGUGAUCGCAGCCGUGAAGAACUACAUCGGGAAGAUGAUCGAUGAGAGUGGGCCGGGAAUGAAGGUUCUUCUCAUGGACAAGGAAACGACUAGCAUCGUGAGCACGGUGUUUGCCCAGUCUGAGAUCCUGCAGCGCGAAGUUUUCCUCUUUGAGCGCCUGGAUGGACCGGCCAGAAGGGAGGCGAUGAGGCAUCUCAAAUGCAUCACGUUCAUCCGACCCACGAAGGAAAACGUCGAGCUUCUAUGCCAGGAGUUGAGGAACCCAAAAUAUGGGUUUUAUUACAUUUCAUUCAGCAACAUCGUCAGCAAGGAAGACAUAAAGACGCUCGCUUUUGCUGAUGAACAAGAAGUGGUCAGAGAAGUCCAGGAGUACUAUGGGGACUACAUUUCCGUCAGUCAUCAUCUCUUCUCCCUCAACAUACAGAAUUGUUCCCAAGGCCUCCACUGGAUGCAGCAGCAUCUAAUUCGCUCUGCUCAAGGACUCACAGCUCUUCUGCUGUCUCUGAAGAAGAAUCCUGUGAUCCGCUAUCAGGGCAGUUCCGAAAUGGCCCGAAAAUUGGCAGAGCAUGUCCGUCAUAUCAUCACAAAGGAAACCUGGCUGUUUGAUUUUCGUCGGAGUGAAGUGGCUCCGCUACUCCUCAUUCUUGAUCGUAGACUGGACCCCAUCACACCCCUUCUUAAUCAGUGGACAUACCAGGCCAUGGUCCAUGAACUUCUGACAAUCAGGAACAACAGGGUGAGCUUGGCAGAUGUUCCUGGCAUCAGCAAAGAACUCCAAGAAGUUGUCCUUUCAGCUGAGCAUGAUGAAUUCUAUGCUACUAACCUGUAUUCAAAUUUUGGAGAGAUUGGGAUGACUAUCAAGGCCCUGAUGGAGGAGUAUCAGAAGAAGGCCCAGAACCACCAGCAGCUGGACACCAUAGCCGACAUGAAGGCGUUCGUUGAGAACUACCCCCAGUUCAAAAAGAUGACUGGAACGGUGACCAAGCAUGUGGUGGUGGUCGGUGAGCUGUCGCGGCUCGUGAAGGAACAUGACCUGUUGGCAAAGAUUCGGGAACUGCUAAACAAGGGGAAUCUCCGAGCUUUAGAUGCAGCCCGCCUGGUCAUGCUGUAUGCAUUAAGAUAUGAGAAGCAUUCCAAUAAUGAUAUUGUUGGACUCAUUAACACACUAAAGGCCAAAGGUGUCCCAGAGAACCUCUUAGUCUGGGCAGUGUUGGAAUACAGAACUCCAGUUCAACAGCAGAGUGAAAAGUCUUUGAGUGCUGGAGAGAUCAGCAAACGAUUCUUCAAGACUCUGAAAGAGGUGGAGAACAUUUACAGCCAACAUCAACCCAUGUUGGUGGAGAUCAUAGAAGAGGUCCUUCGUGGAAGGCUCAAGGAUGUCUCCUUUCCGUACUUGGUCCCAGGCACUCUCAUCAGUGGAAGGCCCCAAGAUGUGAUAGUUUUCGUCGUUGGAGGUACGACCUACGAGGAGGCCCUGGCCGUUCACCAGUUCAAUCAUAACAACCCCACCAUGCGUGUGGUGCUCGGGGGCACCAUGGUGCACAACACCACCUCUUUCCUCGAGGAGGUGACUUCUGCAAUGCAGGGGAUCAUCAAGAAGGGCAGGCGGUUGAUCAACUGAGCAUCUCUCUCGGGAUGGGUGACAUUCCUCACAUUGCUGCCCUGCACCAGUGCAGGAUGGUUAACAAAUACUAUGAUAUCCAGUGUUACAAAUGAUAUUCCAUCAUUUAUUUAUGAACCAAUAACUGUCAUGUCG